CCGAGGCGCCGCCCUGCGCCGUUGCAAAGAAGCGUCACGGCGUCAGAAAAAAAAAAAAAGAGGAGUCAGAAAACAGUCCCCUCUUCCCCCGGUGCACCGCUUAUAAAUUGGACUUCAGCCCCGCCUUUUUUUUCUGAUCGAGAGAAAAAAAAAAAAAAAGACAAGACAAGACAGAAGGAAAAGGGACGAAAGACGACUCUGGCAUGACCAUUUCUGGACCGCGCAACCAUCGCCGUGUCUAAACCACUUCCCCUCUUCCCCUCUUCCCCCUCAUCCUUUCUUUCCCCCUUAUCCCUCUUGAGCCCGGCGCUGUUGUCGCUGUCUUCUUCCUCAUCCCUGCUGCUGUCAUUUCCGCAGUUGCGCCGUUGUAUAGAAUGGAAACCCCCCCCGUCUUGGCGUCGCGCCAGUCCGGGCGCAGCUCCGAGAGCUCGCUGGACGUGGUCGAGAAGCAGAAGCUGGCCAACAAGGACAGCAACAAGAACAACAACAACAAGCAGCUCCCAUCCAGCCGGCCGGACCUGCACAACUCGGCGUCGCCCAAGCGCUGGACGACGUUCUGGAAGGCGUUCCGGUAUCUGCGCAACCUGACGCCCAAGCAGGUCGAUGACUUCAUGGCGUCCUACGUCAUCUACAACCUCGACUGGUCGGACGAGAAGCAGAUGGUCGAGACGCUGGGGGCCGACUACGCGACGCAGGUGGGCGACUGCCUCAAGGCGUACUAUGGGGUGCUCAACCACCUGUGCGCGCUGGGGGACGUGGAGAAGAUGUACAUCCCGCCGUUCAUGAGCCAGAAGGCGACGGUGCGGGAGAACCAGCUGCUGUACGAGGAGUCGAUCGCGCAGGCCCUCGGGCUCACCGCCGGCGAUCACGUGCUGGAUCUCGGGUGUGGCCGCGGCCGCGUCGCCGCCCACAUGACGCAAUACGCGGGCGCGCACGUCACCGGCCUCAACAUCGACCCCAACCAGAUCGCCCAGGCCCGCGCCUUCCACCGCCAGCUGGGCUUCGACGCCAACGCUUUCGUCGUCCAGGACUUCAAUACCCUGCCGCUGCCCUUCGCCGACGCCAGCUUCGACGCCUUCUACCAGAUCCAGGCCCUCAGCCUGUGCAAGGACCUGCCCGCGCUGUUCCGCGAGGUGUUCCGCGUGCUCAAGCCGGGCGCCAAGGUGUCGCUGCUGGAUUGGGCUAGCCUGCCCGCCUACGACCCGAGCAACCCCGAGCACGCCGAGCUGAUGAGUCGCGUCAAGCCGCUCAUCGGCGCCGUGGGCACCCCCACCCCCGACUCCCUCGAGGACGCCCUCACCCACGCCGGCUUCACCGUCCUGCGCUCCGACAACGCCAGCGUCGGCGGCCUGCAGGCCCCCCUCAUCGACAAGGUCGACUUCUACUUCCGCUCCAUGCGCCAGCUCAUCCUGGGCCUCGUCAAGACCCACGUCCUCCCCCGCCACUUCAAGACCCUGAUCAACCGUCUGUGCCUCGACGGCGAGGCCUUCAUCAAGAUGGAUACUAUGCGUCUGGUCACCACCAGCUACCGCAUCAUUGCCCAGAAGCCCCUACAAUAGACGCCCCCCCUCCCCCCCUCUCCCCCC